AGAACUUAGUAUAGAUAACCGAAUAAACAAGACGUGCAAUUUGAAUAUUUGUUUAAUUGAUAUACCUACUACAUUUAUUUGAUCAUGAAAUUCGAAAUUCAAGAUAAAGUUGCUAUAGUAACUGGAGGAGCUAGUGGUAUUGGACAUUGUAUUGUAGAAGCUUUAAUUGAACGUGGAAUUAAGGGUGUUGUAAUUGCCGAUAUUAACGAGGAACUCGGUAGAAAAGUUACUAAGGAACUUAAUAAUAAAUGUGGUUCGACCAAAAUUGUUUUCCAUAAAACCGAUGUUAGCAAGAAGGAAGAUUUCGAAAGAGUAUUUGAAUCAGCAAUAAAGAAUUUCAAACACAUUGAUAUCCUUUUUAACAAUGCUGGAGUUUUCAACGAAAUCAAUUGGGAAAAAUGCCUUAAUACUAACUUAAAAGGUGUGAUAAAUGGUAGUCUUUUGGCUGUCGAAAAGUACUUCAAAAAUCAUAAAAUCGGCAAUGAAGCAGUUAUCAUAAACACCUGUUCAGUAGCCGGUUUAAUGGCUCUUCCUGGCAUGCCUAUUUAUUGUGCCUCAAAGGCAGCCAUCAUUAAACUCACCGAAUGUUUUGGUCAAGCUCACUACUACAACUUAUCCAAGACUAAAGUUAUAGCAAUUUGUCCGGGUAAAACAGAAACGCCUAUGCUGGAUAUCGGGAAUUUAGUUAGACCUGACCAGCAAUCCUUAGGCGAAAGUACAGUCGAAUGUUUUGAUGGUCAAAGCCCGGAUUUUCUAGCAAAUGAAGCCAUGUCUUUAGUGCAGCAAGCUCCUACUGGAAGCAUUUGGAUAAUCGAAGAAGCUAAACCAGCGUAUCGAUACAUUUCUGCAGAUAAAGAUUCUUUUAAAAAGAACACUCUGUAGAAUUUGUAACUAUUAAAAUUGUUCUAGGUAUAUCUUUGUUUUUGUAGGAAUAAUUGGAUGCAGAUAUUAUAAACAUAUAUUUAAUGAGCUUUUUGUUGAUUUUAUUAUUACGAUUGUUAAAUAUCAUUAAAUCUUGUGUAAAAAAUUUCAAUGUUAUAAUAAUUUGCACCAAUUGGAAAAUUUUACAAAAAGAACUGCGUAUUUAGACGAACAUUUUAAAGGCUACAAACAUGUUACUUCAAUCAAAAAUGUAUUUUUUUCAAUAUUAUCAACAUUAUACAAAUUUAAAUGAAAAAUAUUUGAAUUGACUUUUACGAGGUACCUACUUCAAUUCCAGCAAGUAGAUGGGCCUGAAUAUAAUCUUUAAUUAAUUAACUGCAGACAAAAACAUGUUUAUUAAACAACGAUUUAUCUGUAUUUGUGCGUUACUAUAACCAAAAAUAACGCGUAAGUUUAAAUAUUUUGCUAAUACGGAUUCCUAAUACCUACUCUUCAAAUA